AUGGAACAUGAGAAUGCGCUGACAGGUGGACAUAUUAUUUCAUCACAAACAACGCAACCAGCUAGUGUUGGUGUCACUCAACGUUUCUUAUUCACGGCUACCGACGUUCAUUUUUGGACGGUUGGUCCAUCUAAAGUGGCCAGAAAUGAAACAAAUCCAGUGAAUACUUCAAACUCCGGUGAUCAAUUAAGAUAUUAUAAGCAGGAACAGAAUACACGCAGAAGGUAUCGUUGUUCACUAUAUGCAUGCGUUUAUAUGAAUGCGCAUUACGAAACAGCGAGCAUAACUUACGCAGAAGUGCUUGCAAUAGUCCUCUUGGAGGAUCGUUGUACUGUCCGUCCAAUGUCUCAGCACAAGCAUCAAGAAAAGCAAAAUGCUGAUCAGUACGUGGAAAAAAAUGAGCUUACGAAAGAUAUUGGUGAUAGAGAAGGUUUCAAAAGAAGUGAACGACGCAAAUACAUCGACGAAACAACAUCCUUAGAUACUAGUGUUAAAAGGAAUGAUGCUGAUAGCAAUGCAACAAAGAGUAAUGGUGAUGUAAAGAAUGCGAACGAACGAGAUGAAUGGGAUAAUUGGAUGAAAUCGAAACCAAUAAGUGUUCUAAAACUUGAUCGCACCGAACGACUUGUCCUUCGAAUUGGCGGUAGGUUUUUUUUGAAGUUUUUUUUUCUUGAAAUAAACUAG